GCCGCCGGGAUCCGCGGCAGCUUUUGGCGAGGAGCGGAGCGGAGCGGGGGAGAGGCACAAAAGGGAAGGACGGAGGGAAAGUCCCUCCCACGCCCCCCUCCCCCAAGUUUAUGAUGGGGGUCCGGAGGAGCUGCGCUGCUCCGCGGCAACCGCUCGUCUGCUGAAAACUUGCUGCUUCGCUUUUUGGGGUUCCUGAGCUGGAAGAUGCCCGUCUAAGAUGGAAACUUCUGCUUCGACAGCUGCUGGGAAAAAAGAAGGGAAAGGUGCUGUUCUGGAGGGGAAUGGCUUUACAGAGACGGGGAAGAAACCCCCUCCUUUAGCAGCAGUGGGAGCAGCAGUGGCACAAGGAGUGCCGCAGCACAUUUUUCCGGCCUUCCACGCUCCUUUGCCAAUUGACAUGCGCCACCAGGAAGGACGAUACCAUUACGAACCUCACUCUAUCCACGCUAUCCACGGGCCUCCUCCUCUGAGCGGCAGCCCUGUCAUCUCCGACAUCUCCCUCAUCCGCCUGUCUCCGCACCCUGCCGGGCCCGGCGAGUCGCCCUUCAGCCCCCCUCACCCCUACGUGGCACCCCACAUGGAGCACUACCUCCGCUCUGUGCACAGCAGCCCCACGCUCUCCGUCAUCUCUGCUGCCAGGGGCCUCAGUCCUGCCGACGUGGCUCAUGAGCACCUGAAGGAACGAGGCCUCUUCGGGCUGCCACUGCCACCACCGGGAGCCAACCCUGCUGACUACUACCACCAAAUGACGCUGAUGGCCGGCCACCCAAACCCCUAUGGGGACCUCCUCAUGCAGGGCGGGGGAGCAGCCAGCACAGCCCACCUCCACGAUUACCUCAGCCCUGUUGAUGUGUCCCGGUUUUCGAGCCCGCGGGUGACUCCAAGAUUAAGCCGGAAACGAGCCCUGUCUAUCUCCCCGCUCUCUGAUGCCAGCAUUGAUCUCCAGACAAUGAUCAGGACCUCCCCAAACUCUCUUGUGGCAUAUAUCAACAACUCCAGAAGCAGCUCAGCAGCAAGUGGCUCCUAUGGCCAUUUAUCUGCCGGGACAAUCAGUCCAGCAUUCAGCUUCCCCCACCCGCUUAACCCCGUGACAUACCAGCAGAUCCUGACGCAGCAAAGAGGCCUGAGCUCAGCCUUUGGACACACUCCUCCCCUGAUCCAGCCAUCCCCAACCUUCCCCACACGGCAGCAUAUGGCUGUCAUCUCCGUGAACCCAUCACCAGCACAGAGCAGCAGCAACAGCAACUGCAUCUCCGACUCCAGCCAGAGCAAGCAGAGCAGUGAGUCGGCCGUGAGCAGCACCGUCAAUCCAGUAAUUAACAAACGCAGCAAAGUCAAGACUGAAGUUGAGGGCUUGCCCCCAGUGUCCCCAAACACACAGGAGCAUCUGACAGACCUGAAAGAAGAUCUUGAUAAGGAUGAAUGUAAACAGGAGCCUGAGGUUAUUUAUGAGACUAACUGCCACUGGGAAGGGUGCACAAAGGAAUAUGACACUCAGGAGCAGCUCGUCCAUCACAUCAACAACGAUCACAUCCACGGGGAGAAGAAGGAGUUUGUGUGCCGCUGGCAGGACUGCACACGGGAGCAGAAGCCCUUCAAGGCUCAGUAUAUGUUGGUGGUGCACAUGCGAAGGCACACGGGAGAGAAGCCACACAAGUGCACGUUUGAGGGUUGUUCCAAAGCCUAUUCCCGCCUGGAGAACUUAAAGACACACCUGAGGUCCCACACUGGAGAAAAACCUUAUGUCUGUGAACACGAAGGCUGCAAUAAAGCCUUUUCCAAUGCCUCGGACAGAGCCAAGCACCAGAACAGGACACAUUCCAAUGAGAAACCCUACGUCUGUAAAAUCCCUGGCUGCACGAAGCGGUACACGGACCCCAGUUCCCUCAGAAAACACGUCAAGACAGUGCACGGGCCUGAUGCCCACGUCACAAAGAAGCAGCGCAAUGACGUUCACCCGAGGCCACCUCCACUCAAGGAAAAUGGGGACAAUGAGGCAAGCGCCAAGCAGAGCAGCAAGGUGUCAGAGGAGAGCCCCGAGGCCAACAGCACCACAAGGAGCAUGGAGGAUUGCUUACAAGUCAAAACAAUAAAAACAGAGAAUUCUGUGAUGUGUCAGUCCAGUCCUGGUGGCCAGUCGUCAUGCAGCAGUGAGCCAUCACCCCUUGGCAGCACCAACAACAAUGACAGUGGAGUAGAAAUGAACAUGCAUAGCGGGGGAAGUCUGGGAGAUCUGACGGCGUUGGAUGACAACGCUCCUGUCGUGGACUCAACAGUCUCAUCUGGUAACUCGGCAGUCAGCCUGCAGCUAAGGAAACACAUGACGACGAUGCAACGACUUGAACAGCUCAAGAAGGAGAAACUCAAGACAGUUAAGGAUUCCUGCUCAUGGGUGAGCCCAGCUCCACAAGCCAGAAACACCAAGCUGCCUCCCAUCUCAGGAAAUGGCUCUGUUCUAGAAAAUAGUGGUGGUUCUUCUGCUAUGCUGCCUAACCCCAGAAUAAUGGAGCUGUCUGUCAACGAGGUUACAAUGCUGAACCAACUCAACGAGCGCCGUGACAGUACAACAAGCACCGUCAGCUCUGCCUACACUGUGAGCCGCAGGUCCUCAGGGAUCUCCCCGUACUUCUCCAGCCGCCGCUCCAGUGAGGCCUCGCAUCUCGGGCACCGCCCCAACAACACGAGCUCUGCUGACUCCUACGACCCCAUUUCCACGGAUGCCUCCCGCCGGUCGAGCGAGGCGAGUCAGUGCAGUGGGAUGCCGGGUCUGCUGAACCUCACACCAGCUCAGCACUACAGGCUGAAAGCCAAGUACGCUGCUGCCACAGGGGGCCCACCUCCGACUCCCCUGCCAAACAUGGAGAGGAUGACCCUGAAGAACAGGAUCUCACUUAUGGAUGGGCCAGACCCCACCUUGCCCUCCAUCCGCCUCCCACCAGGCCCUAGACGUUGCAGUGAUGGUAACACCUAUGGCUACCCAUCAGCUCCAGCAUUUCCCCAUGAGGUGCAGGGCAACUGCACGAGACGGGCAAGCGACCCGGUGAGGAGACCUCCUGGAGACCCUCAGGCUCUCCCACGAGUUCACCGCUUCAACAGCACUAACAGUGUGAACCCCUUCCAUCCUCCACACGCCACAGACAGGAGGAAUUUUGGUCUCCAGAGCUAUGGGCGUUCAGAUGGGAGCCUGCCCCGGCACACCUACUCACCUCGGGCACUGAGCAUCAGUGAAAACAUCACCAUGGAGGCCAUGUCCGGGGAGACAGAUGUGCCCAUUGGAGAUGAUGACAUUAUGCUGCCAGAUGAUGUGGUACAGUACAUCAAAUCCCAGAACAAUGGGACAGUGGCUGAGAGCACUUCUGUGGGGUACAGCAAUGAGAUGCAGAACUUCCAAGGAGGUGGGAAGCUGCAGCCUCCAGCCUUGCCCAGCCAGCGCAGGAUGGCAGUGGCAGAGGCAAGUAUGAGCCACUUGGGACCCAUGAUGGCAGAGUGUUCCAUGAGUUUUGAUACUUCUUCAGACAUGAAUAAAAAUAACAUGCCUGUCCAAUGGAAUGAAGUCAGCUCAGGCACAGUUGAUAUCAUGUCCAAUCAGUCAAAGCAGCAGUUUUCACAGGGGAACUUAGCAGUGGUCCAGCAGAAGCAGAACUUUGGUCAGUACCAGAACUACAACCAGCAGCAGAUGCAGCUGCCAGACAACAGCAUGAAUGCAGCACAGCAGAGCUUUAUGCAGAGGAACAUGGGCAUGGAUGGGCAGAGGGUAAACUGCAUGCAGCUGCGGCAGCAGCACAUGAGCCUAGGUCCCAGCAUGAACCCCGAUAUGGGCUUGCACACAGCGUAUAACCAACCACAUCAAAUGCUGAGCCCCAGUGCAGUCAGUGGCAAUCCAAAUCAGAUCUCUCCUAAUUGUAGCAACAUGGCAGCAAAAUCUGGAUCCCACAUUCACCCUCAGCAAAUGGACAUGGCAGCCAACCCUUCCUUGAUGGUCAGGAGCAACAGUGAGCGCACAGUGCUGGGACAGGUCAUGCAUGAACCGAGUCAGCAGAACUACUCGUCUCAGUCAAGCCACCUGAACUUCCCUGUGGCACAAGAGACCUUUCCUCAGCCCAUCAUGUCCUCCAAUCAGCCCAAUUUUGAGCCUCAGCAGAGCGUGAUGGGUUCAGCUGCGCAGGCAUAUCCACCUGGCAUGAUCCAGCCUCAUCCUCCACCGGAGCCGAACCCGGGCAGCAGACCCCGAGGGGUCCGCACUGCCCAGCAGCUGGGCUACAUGAGAACUCCCCAUCCUACGAGCACCAUCAGCCCUGGCCAGGAGACAGCAGAGGCCAUGCAUAAAAGAAACAGCGACAUGCUGCUGGCACCAGCCCAGCAGUGCGCGGACGGCACGAGGGACAACAACCUGAUGUACUAUUACGGCCAAAUCCACAUGUAUGAACAGAACAACGGCUUCGAUAACCACACGGACUGUCGGGUCAGGCAGCAGCAGUGCACACAAAACAGCAAGCCAGCCACUCUGCCUUCCCCAGGAACAAACCAGGUGUCCAGCACAGUGGACUCUCAAGGUCUUGAGCCGCCCCAGAUAGAUUUUGAUGCCAUCAUGGACGAUGGGGACCAUUCAAGCCUGAUGUCGGGAACCCUGAGCCCCAGCAUCCUGCAGAACCUCUCCCAGAACUCCUCUCGCCUGACGACUCCACGAAACUCUCUGACACUGCCCACCAUACCUGCAGGGAUAAGCAAUAUGGCAAUAGGUGAUAUGAGCUCCAUGCUAACCACGCUGGCAGAAGAGAGUAAAUUUCUAAACAUGAUGUCGUAA